UUCCGUGGACAAUGGCCGAGAUCAAGGAGGACGAGGAGAAGAAGCCUGGGAUCAGCAUUCUGCCGGGUCCCGAGCUUUUAACCCUUCCCGGAUUCGAUACCCGUGCAAGUAUCGCCUCGGCAGCUCUGAGUGAUGUUCCCAGCGAUGUGAUCAUCAAGUCUCGCAUUCGAUAUGGCAGCACUCUAUCCGCCUGCAAAGGUUUACUUCUGGAGUAUGCCAAGAGUACGACCAUUCACGGCAUCCGAUAUAUCUUCGAGGUCCACAGACCCAUCUACGAAAAACUGUAUUGGCUUUUCUUCACUUGCAUCUCUGUGUACUUUGCCGUUUCCCUCAUCUGGGCUACCUAUUUGAAAUGGCAGGACUCCCCGGUCAUUCUGGGUUUCGAUGAGACUCUGGUCCCAGUGCACAAGAUACCCUUUCCCACGGUUACCAUUUGUCCGGAAAUCAAAAUGGAACGGAACACCUUUGACUAUACGAACAUAUCUCGGCUGCUUUGGAAUGAGUACAAGCAGGGUGGUAAUAUCAGCAAUUUGGAGGGUGAAGACCUGGGUCGAAUGGCAGCUGCCAUGCACAUUUGUGAUCCUGACGUAGUUGACCGUUUCACUCCACUACUUUCCUCACUUUAUCCCCCCGAUGUGGACGUAACCCAAACCCUGAUCGACAUGAGUAUCUCGAAGAACAAGACGGGACCGUUUUGCAAGUGGAACGGAAGGUUCUACUUCUGCGACAAGAUCUUCGACUUUGUGGCCACCGACGAGGGAAUCUGCUAUCAGUUUAAUGGCCUGCGAGCCAAGGAUAUUUAUCGCGACGAGAAGUUCAUCAGCUAUAUUGACCCGGAUGUGGUGAGCUUUAACAACUACUUCGAUGAGAGUCUGCCGCGGUGGAACGAGAUAACUGGUAACUGGUCACUGGGCACAGGAUUCGUGGACCAGGGUCAAAAUGCGUAUCCCCAAAGGACGGUGUUCUCAUCGGCGAAGAAUGGGUUCUUCGCCUUUUUGCAGGGCUUGCAGCACAAUUUCGACUACGAUUGUCGUAGUUUCAAACAGGGCUAUAAGGUCUUUCUCAAUUCCCCGGAGAGUGUGCCACUGACGUCGGGCAAUUACAUUCUGGUGCCCCAUGGCGAUGAGGUCCUGGUCAGUGUUUUGCCCGCUUAUGUCGUGUCCACCGACAAUUUGCACGAAAUUACCCCAGAGAAACGACAGUGUCUGUUCGAUGAUGAGCGUUCCCUGCGAUUUUUCCGAUCCUAUUCGCAGAGCAAUUGCCAAACGGAAUGUCUGGCCAAUUAUACGAUUGCCAAAUGCGGUUGUGCCAAAUUCUGGAUGCCCAAACCCGUGGGCACUCCUGUUUGUGGAUUGAAUGACAUCACCUGCUACACAAGUGCCCAAGAUGAAUUGUACACUCUGCUGCAAAAUCAAACGAUGGCUAAAAGUGUUGAUAAUAAUGUCGAUUUAAUCUGCAAUUGCAUGCCAGCUUGCACAUCGCUUGAAUAUAACUUUGAAAUAUCCAGAGCUAAAUACGAUUUAGAAAAGACCAUUCGAGCAUUCCGCGAAGAAUAUGAACAUACGGAUGCCAUUGGCUCCCGACUCACCAUUUACUUCAAGGAACAUCAGUUUACAGCCAUUAAACGCACAAUUCUGUUCGGAGUAUCAACAUUGAUUUCCAAUUGUGGCGGCAUCUGCGGCUUGUUCAUGGGAAUUUCCUGUCUCAGCUUCCUGGAGCUCAUCUACUUCUUCUGCAUGCGAAUCUGUGGCAGUUGCCGCGAUCGCCGCAAGCACAAAAUACACCAGCAGAGCUCGGUGGAUCAAACGGAGGAUGAAUCAGAAAAAUAGUUGAAGAUCUGAAAGAUCCUCGAAUUCAAAAGCAAAACGAAUAAACAAUUGUGUAUGUAAAUUGCGCACAUUUGAAAUAAAUCCACUUUAUCAA